UGAGUCUUUAGAGAUUACUCUGCACGAAACCCUGGCCAAUCGCCCUGUGUGGCUAGUGGCCACUGUACCUAUUGGUGGAAGAAGAAGAAGAAGAUUCCUCUACGUGCCACGUACUCCAUUCCGAAUGACUUCAUCUGCUAGACAUAGCCCUGCCAGCAGCCCCAAGUAGUUAAUGGGCCUGUCGAAGUGCGCCUCCCUCAUUCUAUUAACCUUACUCCUCGUCUUAGCGUGUGUUAUUGUUGCCGUUUCUUUUCACUAUUGGUCCAUAUACUACGACGAUGAUGAGAAAUUAGUGAUAGAUGAACUGGAACUGAACCAUGGCAGCAUGAUGAACUUCCUGUGCAAUAAGCGUCGCGCAGCCAUCAAAGAUGCCACCGUUCCACGGCGUACUAGGAAAUUUCUUCCGCCUUUUGAGCCGGUGCCUCACUCACCGGGACGAACUCUCUUCUGCGUGUACGACCACGAGGCUGCUCGAAAACAGAGGCCCCAUCCAUACGAUGGUAACGACCGUUUACCCUAUCUGCCGAGGCACCUACCAUUAUCAUAUUGUCGGUACGUCAUCUACUCAUCGUUGGCUGUCGAAGCCAAGGGCGGCGUGGCUUAUAAAUGGCCGGAUUUUGACGCACCACGAGGCGUACCCGGAUUGGUUCGUCAGGUGACGCGUCAUCACUACAACACGUCCCUUCUCGUGACAAUUGGAGGCAGUGAUCUGGAUAACUGGAACCUGUCCCGCUCGACCUAUCUCCCCAAGUCCUCACACCAACUAGCUCAGCGUGUUCGAGGCUGGUUACAACGGAAUCGAUUCCACGGUGCCAACAUUCAUUGGCCCGAACCAGGCAACCGUUGCGGACGCCCGUCAGACAAGAGACAACUCGUUGGAUUCGUUCGCACACUGAGGAGGAUUCUUGGCCAUAAAUACAUAAUAACCAUCACCUUACCUCCCUCUCAUGACAUCGUUUCAUCUGGCUUUGACCUUGACGCCUUGUCAAAAGACGCCGAUUAUCUCCUAGCAACAACUCACGAUUACAACAACCUGACGUCUAAGACGGUUCAAUGUCCCAGCUCUGUUUCUCAGGUGGAUUCAACUUUACGUUUCUUGAGCGAACGCGUUCCCCAGCGCUAUUGGAACAAGGUCUGUCCCAGCGUGUCCCUUGCGGGCACUGUCUUCAUUGGCGAUGGUCCUGGUCUGAACGUCUCCGUCCGCAGGCCAAGUCGCCAUCUCGCCCACUACGAGUUCUGCACGUCAUGGCAAGAGACGUCUAACGUCGACGACUGUGGGGUCAACCAGCGCGUGUUAGAGCUAGGCCUGGUCGAGACGGUCGUCUACGAGACGACGCGUUCCCUGGCGGUCAAGAUGGAAGUCAUCGACAAGCACGCGGCUCCCAACGGUGAAGCAUGCGUGGUUGUGUACGACGUCGACUCGGAUGAUGUCGUCGGAGUUUGUAGCGAGAACGGAGUUCAAAGCCCCGUUACUAGGGCGCUGUAUCUGGGCCAAGAGAUAAAUGACGUUGAUUCGCGUUACAUUGAGACUGUUGCCGAACCUUAGUAUGUUACAUCUAUACGCGGUGUACCAGCAAUAAAUGUGAGACUAUUUGUUUAGUGCGAUGGUA